AUGGCGACGACGACGACCACCACCACCUCUGACAGUACCACAGUAGUCAGCAGUAGCGCUACUACAAUUAACAAAGAGAGGUUUACCGAUAAAACCUUGGAAGAGGAAGACAUGAGGAACGCAUGCAGCCCACCACCCAAACCUAGAGGCUCAGUGCCGGAUCACAGUGCCUCACCUAAUCUUACGAAACGUAAGAAGGACAUGGAGAAUUCCAGAGACGGUUCCUGUUCCAUGUUCAAACGUUUAAAAUAUGAUUGGAAUCAAACUGAUGAACAUGUGACUAUCACUUUACAAUUAGAAGAUGAAAGUGACAUUGUCAAGUUUAGUGACCCAGAAUUUUCUCGGACUGGUGUAUGGAUGAAGUUCCCAGAUGGAAAAGUAUGGAGCUUAACUUUCAACAGUGAAAUAGAUUCUAAAGACUGCAAAACAGAGCUAGCAAAUUCUAAUUCGAUGGUUCUCACUGUUAAAAAAAAGGUACACAGCCAUUGGGCAUCACUUGAGGCAACAAUCAAUGAAGAGUGUACCAAGUCUCCUGCUUAUAUGGAUAAUACUAUGAUGGAAAAUAGACCCCAAGAAAUGGUACAGGAGUUGAAUGAAUCAAAUGAAAAGAUUAAUGAUGGCUCCUGGAAAGAGAAUGAUUCUUUGUAUCAGCUACAGCAUACCAAACAUGACUGGAUUGAAAAAAAUGACACAUUCACUAUUCACAUUUAUGUAAAGAAAACAAACAAAGAUGUUGUGCGAGUCUUCUAUGAAGAAAAACUUGUCACUGUCCUUUUUCAGACAAGUGAUCAAAAGUAUUUGGAUCUCCAUCCAGGCUCAACAGAGCAGACUAUGUUUAGUUGGAAAAUAAAUGUCAAAAAUGAAAUAAUUCCACAGCAGUGUAAACACCGAGUAACAGGAGCAUUGAUUGAAAUAACCUUGUUGAAAAAAGAAGUGUUAAAAUGGGGAGCACUUGAAGUUCCUCUGCAGAAAAAAAGUUCAAGUGCAACUCAGCGUUCUUCUGAUUGGCAAUACACUACAAAAGAGAAACCAGCAAUCACUCUUCCUAAUGUUGAGAUGGGCAGUUGCAGUGUUGGUUCCAAUGCAAUGAGUAAUACACCAUGCAUGACUAAUAGCAGCAGUAAUGGAGUGGCAUUUGAUGAAAUGCAGAACUUGAACACAACACCUGUCUCUGACAACCAUACAGCUGGUGGAGAUGCCUUCACUCUUGCAAGUUCAUGCAACAAGCAAAACUCUCUAAUAACAAGUCAGAAACCCACCUGUAAGGUUUCUCCUAUGAACAAACUGAAGGAUACAGAUCAAGUGGUGAGUCCAGGCUUUACUGGGCUUGAUAAUCUUGGUAACACAUGCUUUAUGAACAGUGUACUUCAGUGCUUGGCCAAUACUCGAGAAUUCAGAGAUUAUUUUUUAGAUAAUACAUUUCAAAAAGAGAUCAAUACAGAAAAUCUAUUAGGAAGUGGUGGCUUGUUGGCAUCUGCAUUUGCUGUCCUUCUCCGAAUGCUCUGGAAUGGCAAACACACAUCUCAUGCACCUUCCAAACUAAAGAAUCUUGUUGCUAUGAAAGCUAGUCAAUUCACAGGAUUUGCCCAACAUGAUGCUCAAGAAUUUAUGGCUUUCUUGCUUGAUAUCUUGCAUGAAGAUUUAAAUAGAGUCAAAAACAAGCCUUACACUCAAACGGUGGAUUCUGAUGGGAGAAGAGAUGAGGUUGUUGCAAAUGAGGCUUGGGAAGUUUACAAGAAAAGGAACGAUUCUUUCAUAGUAGAUCUGUUUCAAGGCCAAUAUAAAUCAAAGCUUGUCUGUCCCAUCUGUGAAAAGUUAUCAAUUACAUUUGAUCCAUUUUGUUAUCUUUCAAUCCCACUUCCAAAGAAGCUGAGGCUCAUUCCUGUUGUAUUCUUUUGGCGAGAACCUUAUCGGAAACCUAUACAGUAUAAAUUACGUCUUCCUAAAGAUGCUACUGUGGAAUUACUUAAAGAAAAAUUAUCAAAGAAAACACUUGUUAAACCACGUGAUAUUAGGGUGUUUGAACCUAAGAAAGGACGAAUUCACAAAAUUUAUGGUCGUGGAAGUCAACUGAGUAAUGAUUACUCAACUGAAAAAAUAUUUGCGUGUGAAGUUUUAUCCCAAGAAAUUGCUGGUGAACCUGUUUUUGAAAUAUAUGUGAUCCAAAGAAUCCGAAUGCCUAUUUCUCCAAAAUGUAGUUCAUGUGGUAAGAAACCACUUGAAGGUUGUCAAUUAAAACGGUGUGCAAAUUGCUACACUGUUGGCUACUGCAAUCAAGAAUGUCAAAAGGCUCACUGGGAAGUUCAUAAAGACAAUUGUAAAUGUACACCAGUUGGUAGCCCAUUUCUCAUCUCUUUACCAAAAUCGCGAGCAACAUUUUCUCGAUUACGUAAACUCAUGGAAGCCUAUUCAAGGUAUUCAGUCGAUGUUUUUCAGCCACCUGUCAAAGUGGAGCCAUCAAAUAUCAGCAAGUCAACAACCUCAAUAGCAACUCGUUCAUCAACAUCCAAUUUAAGUUCAAGCAGCCAAUCAUCAGGUAGCUUGAGUAGCCUUGAUAGUCAGGCGUCCUACAGUAGUGCAUGCACACUGACUGCAGACAAUGAGCAAAAUCUUGCUGAUGAUGAGGAAGAAGAGGAGCAAGAAGCUGGUCAUAACAUUCAAGAUGGUAAUUUGCAGCCAUGUAUGACACCACCAGCUACUAGCAUAAGCAAGCAUCCUCCAAAUACCAACCCAAUACCAAUCAGUCCAUCCAUGCCUGCAUUAACCCCGCAUACAGACCAGGUAUCUCUUCUACCACUCUUUGAGCAGACAAAAGAUGACAAGAUGAAUGAUGUGGAACGAUGGCAGAAGGAUUCUUCACAAUUGUGUGAUGGUACUGAUUCUGGCACAUUUGUGACACCUUCUACAACAAUAAUUUCUUCAGUGUCUCCUAGUUUGAUUGGUGGUGCAGGUGACUCUACACAGCCUGCUAUACUUUCAGCUACUAAUUGUACCCCUGCUGACCGUCCAGACCGGUUGAAUGUCAAUCGAAAUCAUUUACCCACAGGUGCUGUGCUUGGUUUACAGAAUGAUGACACUGAACAUGGUCCUCCCUUAUUCUCUAUCAAACAAGUGACUCAGGAUGGAAAUAAAAUUGUCAGUGGUGAAAGUUUUGAAGAUAGAGGUGAUGAACUUUUAGAUUUAAGAAGUAAAACAUUUUUAGCAAUGGACUGGAAAAAUAAUGAUAGAGUUCUUACAGUUUGGGUACAGUCCAGAGAAUUGGAAUGUGAAGAUGAUGAAAGCAUGCGGACUGAAUCUCUCGAUGAAAAUGGAGAAAUUUCUUUGGAUCAGUGCCUAAAUAUGUUCACUGAACCUGAAGUUCUCAGCCCAGAUGAAGCAUGGUAUUGUCCUCAAUGCAAGGAACAUCGGGAGGCUACAAAGCAGCUUUCUAUAUGGCGUUUACCACAUACACUGAUCAUCCAACUGAAACGCUUCUCUUUUGGAAACAUCUCUUGGAGAGACAAGGUUGAUAAAAUGGUCAAUUUUCCUACUCGUGGUUUGGAUAUGUCUCAUUAUUUUGUUGGCAACCGACCAGAUAAUAAAACUUCUACAAUCUAUGACUUGUAUGGUGUAAUUAAUCACACAGGAGGCAUUUUAGGUGGGCAUUAUACAGCUUAUGUGCGUUGUGCUGAUAAGUACAAUUACAAUAAAAAUGAAGUUGAUUGGAGAUUUUGUGAUGAUAGCAGAGUCAUACCCUUCAGUGAGAAGAAUGUUGUAACUCGUUUAGCUUACCUGCUCUUCUACCGACGUCGAGAUAAACCUCCUCAAAUUGAUCCUAAAGCAGGCAAUCUUCUCAGCUGCAUUGCAACCAGUACAAGUGCUGGUAUUUCAAGUACUUUGACAUCUUCAGUGAGCCCUGUCUGUACUCAGGAUAAAUCCAUGAUGGAGAACCUUUGUUGCAAAAAGGAUGAACUUCCUGAGCUAGAUACUAUUCCAACACAAGAAACAAAACUGUAUAGCACAGCAUCAGGUUGGAGCAAUUCAAGUGAUGAAGAUUUCCCACCAACGCUGGACAAUCGAUACACUUGUACGAAUUUAAAUUACACAGACAUGGAUGCAGUUGAUUAA